GGUGGUGUGUAACAAUGAGUUAUUUGUUUCAAGUUUUUAUUUUUAUAUGGCUGUCUUUAGACGUGAGUGGGGCAAAGUAUAAAAUAUAUAAUAGGUACAGUGAUAAAGCAAUUGAAGACAAUGAACUUCGACAAAAAUAUCACAACAGGAACUGUACUAUUGAAAUCGAGCCGUGCGCGCCUCACGAAGGCAGCCGCAUCGACGGUACGUGCAACAAUUUCAAAUAUCCAUCCAAAGGAUCCGCCAGAGGACCUUACUUGAGAAUGCUUACUCCGGACUAUGGAAAUAAUAACCAAGAUAUCCGCAUGAACAGGAAAGGUGCUCCAUUACCGACGGCCCGGAAGGUUCGGACCGCGCUGCAGUCUACGGGUCGUGUUGACGAUAAGCACACUUUCAACGUCGCCGCGGUACAUUUCCUCGAGUUUAUCGGCAAAGAUGUCAGCGUCUUGAAUGGACCGUUGGACUACAUCCGAAAUAGGCAGCACUGCUGCCAGCCUGAGGGCAAGGCUGAUCGGCGAUGUGCACCUAUAAGGGUACCCGAAGACGACCCUUAUCUUAAAGUGACUGAUAUACGCUGCCUAAACUUUUCUCGCGCCGAGACUUUCCAAGACGCUGGCUGCGCGCCCGAAACAAUAUACCCCGAACAGAUCAAUUUCCAAACACCAAGCCUGGAUUUAUCGACAAUAUAUGGUGUAGACGAGAUGUCAUCAAAGCAAGUCAGAGCGUACAAGCAUGGGCUAUUGAACUUGGAAAGCAGAAGAGAACGUUAUGUACCGUUAAAUAUAAUAAACAAUACAACUAAGCUAACAGAUAAUGAAACUGAGACUCUACCUCCUGAAAUGAGUGAAGUUGUUCGAAAAGCUGUUCCUACAAGAAAUGACGUUUGUAUUCAAAACCAAUGCAAUGAAACUUAUUGUUAUCUUUUCGGUUUACCAGAAGUUGGAAACUUCGACAUACGAACAACGACAUUGACCAUAUUCUUUAUGCGCGAACAUAACCGUUUAGCAAAGAUUCUUCAUGAACUGAAUCCUUGUUGGAAAGACGACCGAUUGUUCAAAGUCGCCCGGCAGAUCAACAUAGCUACAGCUGCUAACAUAUUUUUCUACGAGCUUUUGCCGGUGCUAUUAGGAUAUGAAAAUAUGAUGCAUAACAGUCUAAUUUCGGAAAGAGUUCAACACUUGAAUGUUUAUAAGAACGAAACAGGACCUCUUGUGUACACGGAGUACGACAUCGCAACAAGAUUCUUCCAUACUCUUUUGGACGGAAGGGUGAAAAAAUACAACGAAAAUUAUUACUACACUGGAUACUUUUCGUUUAGCGAUACUAUUUACAGAUCUGGGGUAAUUGAACAAGAGGCAAACUUCGAAGAAAUUAACCGCGGUACCUUUUAUCAGAAAGCUGCUAAGGUGGACGACGUUGUAGACCCUGAAAUUUCUGAAAACUUCUAUGGGGGACUACAAAGAACUCAUGAUUUGGUUGCCAUAGACAUACAGAGAGGUCGAGAUUUAGGCGUGCGUGGUUACAAUGACUAUCGCCAUCUUUGUGGAAUGAAGCCCGCUAAAAAGUUUGAAGAUUUUCUCGAUGUUAUGGAUAUGGAGAAAGUUCUAGCCCUCAAGAAACUUUACGAUGAUAUAGAAGACGUAGAUUUGUUAGCUGGAAUCGCAAGCGAGACUUUGAUACAGAAUGCUUUCGUAGGUCCUACCCUCUUCUGUAUCAUGACGAAACAACUGCAAUUGUUUAGGUUCUCCGAUCGUUUUUGGUUUGAGAGAGGUGACCAAUUUCAUAGUUUCACAAUACCUCAAUUGUAUGAAAUCAGGCGUACCAACAUAGCGCGACUGGCGUGCAACAACGCUGAAGCCAUCAAAUUCAUUCAGCCGCGGGCGUUCCUGAAUGUCGGACACGGGAAUGCGCAUGUACCCUGCACACAUAUUCCUGGACUUGACCUAACCAAAUGGCAAGACCCGAGUUGCUAUACGCGUACGGAGCAACGAUCGUACAAGCGUCCAAAGACCAACUCGUAUAAACAGAAAGGCAAUGUUGAAAACGUGGACCGAUUACAACCGAAAAACGUAAUAACAGAUCAUUCUCCUUUGUAUGAUGAUAUUGUUGCUGUCUUAUAAUUCGAAGCAAGUAAAAUAAUUUUGAAUGAUCCUUUGAAAUGAUAUUGACC